AUGGUGGACUGGAUGGCCACAGCCCAGAACGCCAGGUGCCCAUGCUUCAACAGCCACUUCCAUGAGGAGGGGUCUGAAGUGGUGGACGCCCUCUGCCAAGACUGGCGUCAGGAGAACAACUGGGUGACACCACCCAUAGCCCUCAUUCUGAAGAUCAUCACCCUCAUUCAUCAGCAAUGCGCCUCUGCAACCAUUGUGGUCCUGACCUGGUUGAACAGACUGUGGUUCCAUGAGCUCCUGGAACUCUGCAUUGAGCCGCCCAUCCCCAUCCCCAACAACCCCUUGUCAUUCAAGCUCAAGGGCAAGGCCCUGCCAGAACCACUGCACAACCAGGCAUGGCAAUGGAUCGCCUGCAGGAUCUCUGCCAUGCUCAACAGCACCCUGGCGCCAUCAACAUGGAAACACUAUCAAUCCUCCCUCCAGUGUUUCCAUGAGUUCUGCAAAUGGGAGGAAACAAGCUUCCCUCCAGAACAGGAAGAGGCAGUUGUGGUGAUUGCCAACUUCCUCAAGACAAAAUGGCCAGUCAACCAUGGGAGGACCUUCAACCUGUCCUCCCUGGCAGCCCUCUUCCAUGACUGGGGACCUUGGACCACGCCAAGCAAGACAAGAGCAAAGCUCAUUGCCCUGCUCUGCAUGCUGGGCGCCCUGUGA